CCAGAAAGAACUGCACCUACAAAGGUUAUAAGAAUCGUAUGAGUCACGAGUAUUAUCCGCAAGUUGACUCCCCAAUGAACGCCAGCGUUGUACUUUCGGGCGACGGGAUGUCUAACAUCUAUAACAACUCAGUAGUCCGAUUCUACGACUACAUCUUCCACGAUCUCUCCGAUCCGCGGACGAAAGACUGGUUCCUGAUACCGUCGCCCGUACCUGGUCUCACUAUUAUUUUCGGUUACCUGUACUUCUGUCUAUCAUGGGGCCCGAGGCAAAUGCAGCACAGAAAACCGUACAAUCUGAAGAAUAUUCUCGUGGUAUACAACUUCCUACAGGUCCUCCUCAGCUGCUGGCUGUUCUACGAGGGUCUGGACGGGGCCUGGCUUAGAAAGUAUAGUUGGAAGUGUCAGCCCGUCGACUUCUCUUACACGCCGGAAGCUAUGAGGGUCGCCAGAGGUGUUUACGUUUACUUCCUAGCCAAGAUCUCGGAACUGUUGGACACGGUGUUCUUCGUUCUCCGGAAGAAAGAGAGCCAAAUCACGUUCCUCCAUCUGUACCAUCAUACCGUAAUGCCCAUGAUUUCGUGGGGAGCGACAAAGUAUUACCCUGGUGGUCACGGCACCUUCAUAGGUGUUAUCAAUAGUUUCGUGCACAUAAUCAUGUACACGUACUAUCUGCUAGCUGCACUGUUACCUCAGUACCAGAAAUACCUUUGGUGGAAGAAGUACAUCACGACUCUUCAAAUGGUACGAUUCACAGAAAUAAUAUAAAUGUGUCUCUUAACAUUUUUAUUUGAUUGUCAAGAUUUUUAA